AUGAACAAGCUCUCGAUCGCUGAAGCACAGAUUGAAGAACUGAAGCAACAACUGGACGGCUCCAUGGUUGCUGAAGACAUGCUUGAACUGACUGAACAAAUCUUGACUCUCAAUGAAAAAACCGACGAUAUGAAAACGAUCAUCAAAGAUUUAGAAGCUCUGAAGCAGCUAGCAGACGAGCUGGAGGAUCAUGUCAAAACAAAACAAGAAACACAAGAAGAAAUUCACAUUCUUUUAUAUUCGGAAGCUUUGCGUGAGUGUCAGCAAAUUCAAUAUGAUGAAUUGCAAACACUGGCCAAUCAUACACAAGCAAUGUUGAAAUUGAAUAGGAAAUUACAGAGCUCGAGUAUCAAAGGACAAGUGAAAGCCAUUGAUUUGGAACUUCGAAAGCUGGAAUCUACACGAGCAGUGCUACCAUGUACCAUCAUGAAGCCGAAUCCGUUACCUGCUUACUUCAAAGCUGAUCACGACUCUGUUGUUUUUUUCACCAGGCUAGCUGCUAAAGCCGAGCUCACGUCUUCCGUGAUCAAGACCACGAAUAACAUCAGCAAAAGUUUGACGACCUUUGUGACCAAAAUAGUGGUGAUUGCAUCCAAAGUAGGCAACAACUUAAAUGACUUGGUUAUCCUCCAUCCUUGGUUUUGA